GUUCAUUGACCAUUCUGGCACUGAAACCCAGGAAAACAACGCGGUUCUCAGACCGUUUGUUUGUUGUUAUUUUAUUGCUGCACUGCACUCCGUUAUGAAUCAAAUGUAACCAUUAUAAGAAUAACAGUAGAAAUGCGCAAGGGUGUUACACGCCCACAUCCCAUCAUCUAGCGCUGAGAGUGCAGGAACAUGCUCUCGGAGCGAAGUAACUCUUUUUGAAAACUCGGCACCCCCUAGCCGAGCUGGUUGCGAUCAUUGUUUCGCUCCAGCAUUAACUACAUUCCAAAGAGACGCAGCACACCUUGUCUCCUUCCCCGCAUUCCUUCCACAUAAAUUAGUCCUUGGUAUUGUAUUGCAUUAUAUGCAGUCUUGUCCGAAGAUGCGAUUGAGGAGACCAUUUGUACUGUUAUUACCAGUGGGUAAACAAUUUAUUUGUGCGCUAUUUAGAAAGCAGUACGCAGGAAAUUUUACAUUAUUGAAGAAGCCAACGAUGGAAAAUUCCUCCGCGCAGCGCGCCAUUGACUGUAAAGACCUUUCAACUUACCAAAGACUGAAAUUGACAAACGUCUUCUGUCGUGGACGCAACUAUUUGUUAACUGAUACUUUUUUCGAAGGCGAAAGUCGUGCAGCAUGUUAAUAUUACGGGGAAAUGGGUACCACGCGUGAAACAGUUGGCUAUGUUUUGAUUAAGCCUAAAUUUAUUGUGAUUUCCAUGUGAAGUGAAAUUGCUACUAGCGAUCUCAAAGUCGAUAGUUAGCCAGCGCACGUCUUCUGCCAAACUUAUUUCUCGGGAGCAAAAACAUGGAUAAGAAUGAGGAUGAUCUGGGACUCAGGGCAAGUAAAUUCAUAGAGGAUUUGUCUCUUUACGAAGUGUACCAGGAUGGGAUUUACAGUGGACGAAGGGACAUGGUAAUUAACCCGGAUUUGGAUUUUUCGGCCCAAAUGAUUCCUGACCAGAAAAGUAAAAGAAUGAACGGUGGUGGUCCUGUGCCUCACCAACAACCCCAUACCUUUGAAAAUUACCCGGCGCCUGGGAAUAAAGUUUACAACGCGGCCCUUGUUCGCCCUGUGAUUGGUAAUCGAGCGCUUCCUCUGGAUUUUUGCACUUCUGAGAGGGAUGCAGUUUAUUGUGAAGAUGGCCAUUGCACCAAAUCCGAAGUUGCCUUGCCGUGUUACACCGGUGCUACCGAACGACACAGGAGGUACUCGGUGGAGGUGCAGGGGCACAGGUACAGUACAGGUAGCGCAUAUGAUGGAGUGGUUUUGAACAAGCACGGACUUUUCCCUUCUUUCCCCAGCAACAGAAGCAACAGUGUCUGCGUAAGUACCAACCAGGACAGCAGGUACAAUGCGACCAGCCCUCGGUCGAGUUUAGCUUCUUCCAUGUCUUCGCAGGAACACAGCAAGCAUGCAAGCCCUAGGUCUAGCAUCAGCAGCCCGCGUACUAGCCUGGUGGUUCCUGGUCAAGACAAAUACAGCAGUCCCAGAUCCAGCCUGGUGCAGUAUGAAGGGACCAGUGCACUUAGCCCGAGAUCCAGCUAUGCAAGCACAGCCAGCGACACUAGUAAACAUUCCAGCCCAAGGACCAGUUUGAACAGUUACGACAGCGGUAGUAAACCCAGCAGCAACCGCACCAGUGGCAUUAGUAUGGGAUACGACCAAAGGCAUGUCAGCCCGAGGUCCAGCACUGCUAGCCAGUACUCCUGUACCACUAGUCCCCGGUCCAGCUACUCCGAUUCGCGGUACAUGCCUACUGGAAACCAUGAGCAUGAGGGUGCAGCGGUGCACGGCAUGCCAGUGGCCAGCCCCCGGUCCAGCAUCUGCAGCCAGGACGGCAGUGGUAGACCGGGGGCAGUGGCUAACAGCGUAGUGAGCCCGCGCUCCAGCAUUUCGAGCCACAGUUCCAGGAGUUCUCACAGUUCAAGGGGCUCUGUGAGCACUUUCCCUGAGCUCCAGAUGCCCUCGCCUAGAUCGUCAGUGUUGGGUCCGGGCGUACAGGAAGAUACAGUAGUCCGAGAUUUUGGCGACACUAGCGGUGUUCAGAACAGAGUUAAUCUUCAGCUCUCGCCUGUAACACAAGAACCGCAACAGCAAACAGCACAAACGGGAUUAAACCCAGAGAUGGCCACGGGUGCUCCAGCAUCUUUUAAUUACGGGAGCGCCACCACGAAUUCGGCCUCUGCGCAGAAGUUCAAGCUGCCUUACCAAGUCACGCCGUGCCGUGACAGUGGCCCCAGCCAAGCCGAAAGAAGGCUCGAGGCGCUUACAUUGGAACUCGAAAAGGAGCUUGAGAUGCACAUGAAGAAAGAAUAUUUUGGUAUCUGUAUCAAAUGUGGGAAAGGAGUUUAUGGAGCCAGCCAGGCCUGCCAAGCGAUGGGGAACCUGUAUCACACCAACUGCUUCAUCUGCCACUCCUGUGGGAGGAGACUCAGAGGAAAGGCUUUCUACAAUGUUAACGGCAAGGUCUACUGCGAAGAGGACUUCCUGUACUCUGGGUUUCAGCAAACAGCAGACAAAUGCUUUGUGUGUGGCCACCUCAUCAUGGAAAUGAUCCUGCAGGCCCUGGGGAAGUCCUACCACCCCGGCUGCUUUCGCUGUGUGGUGUGCAGCGAGGGCCUGGAUGGGGUGCCCUUCACUGUGGACGUGGAGAACAACAUCUACUGUGUGAAGGACUACCACACGGUUUUUGCCCCCAAAUGUGCCUCCUGCAACAAGCCCAUUCUACCCGCCCAGGGCUCUGAGGAGACCAUUAGGGUGGUGUCCAUGGACAAGGAUUACCACGUGGAGUGCUAUCACUGUGAGGACUGCAGCCUGCAGCUCAAUGACGAGGAGGGCCACCGCUGCUACCCUCUGGAGGGGCACCUGCUGUGCCACAGCUGCCACAUCCGCAGACUGAAGGGCCAGGCGGCCCCGCCCCCGCACCCGCCCCCCAGCUACCCCAUGCACGUCACGGAACUGUGAAGGGGGCGAGCGGGCGUGGCGAAAACUCGCCAGAGCAGGCUGAGAGAGAUAGGGGGGGGAGAGAGAGGGCAAGAUGCUGGGCAUCGAGAGAGCAGCCGGGGGGGGGGGGGGCACGACCAGGUGGCCCUCUGUCCCGCCCAAGACGAGAGAGAGGGGGGGAGAGUGAGGGGGACAGGGAGGGGGAGAGGGGGAGCGACUCACCCUGUGGAAGAACCUCCUGCUUGCACAAGAGUUGCUGACGAGGCUCUCGGGCCUCUUUAAAGAAUACUGCUGUGAAGCCCAUCCCAUGGCAGCGAGACCCGGAGUGAGAGAGGCAGCAGGGCAUCCCCUGCAGGCCGAACGCUGGUCCUGCGCCCCCCCGGCCCUUCCUGUGCGCAGACGUGCGCUGUGACGCGUUCGCUGCUCUUCCUGUGCGCUCACAGUACGCCGCGUGCACCGUGACUCCGGCAGGCCGCGGCCGCACCUCUUCACGUCCGGACCAGCCGCGAUUCGGGAGUCUUGCACUUAAGAGAGGACUGCUUUCUCAUUCCUUGCCCCUCCCCCGACCUCCUCCACCCCCAUGGUACACAGUAGUCCAACUACUCCCCUAUUGGCUAUGCAAGGAACCUGUACGUCGGUGUGCACCUCCGCAACAUUCCAUGCACUGUGUCCCCCUGUGCAGCUUCUCAGACGGUCAGGUCUGUGACACUUAUUUCCACUGCCAUUAAUUCCACUUACCAUGCCUUCUGCAAACACCAACGUUAGCAUCAUAACAUGACCGUGAAAUAUUUACAAGCAGUGUCUUAAUUAUGUUGGAACGACAGUUUAGGUGUACAUAGAUUGUACAGUUUGUCUUUAUCAGAAUGUUCCGCUUAAUAAACUAGAACUGUAGUGGUCCUUUCUGCACACGUUAUUUAAAGAGUCGGAGGCUAAACUGCGUAUUCAUGGAAAGAUGUGUUGCUUUGCUGUCUCGGUCUACUGUGUUGCAUUGCAGAAGUGCACCGUGCUUCUUUAUCCAGAGGCUGUGGGCCAGGGUCUUCACUGCUGUGGGCGUUCAGGAUGACCUGCCAGCCUCUGCAUUUGCUCUUAAUGUAUUCGAGACACUGGCUUGGUCCAAGGAGAGAAGGCUAACGCUACAGAUUAAUGUGAAGCUGCCUUUAUCUUUCCUCUAUACAUAACCCUUAAAACAGCGUAGCAGUGCAGGUUACUGACGAGGCUGCGUGUCGAGCGUUUGGCAGGGCCCACCGGAGGAGAGGGGUCCAUGCGGUAGUCAUUAACUUUCGAGUGGAACGGAGGAUGUUUCGGGCAGCCCGGAGAUGCUCGUACCACCCGGAGAGGGGGGCGGCUGGACCCGGGGCCCGAGGGUCUUCAGCGUUUCAUUUACGAGCGGUCUUAAUUUAUUCACUCUGCUGGCCUGGGUCUGCCCUGCCGGGACGGAGGCUGGUGUGCUGCCGGGACACGAGAGCACAGAGCCCCCCGCCCCCGCCCUCACUUCCACCGCUUGCAGAACAGCUGGUCUCUGGCAAGCCUCAGACGUCGGGGGUGGGGGGGGGGGGGUUAAAGUACUACUGAAUUUGAAGAGCCCCUUGACUGCUGCAGUAAAGCUAUGAAAAAUCACACGGGAAGGAAAGUCAGAAUGAUUUGAUUCAGUUUUUUUAAAUCAAGUUUGAUUUCAAAUGCAAAUUUUGAAUUAAGUAAAAUGGUGCCUACCUUUAUUUUUUACUUUAAGAAAGAGCAUGUGAAUUGUUGUAUGCUCACAAUUCACGUUUUUGACAUUCCAAACUUAUUUUAAAGGCAGGCUUGAAAUAUGACUUCAGUUGAAAAAUCUUUAUUAUGUUGAAUGCCAUGAAAAAAGUUGUCUCAUUACACGACCAGAAUAGUCAAACAUGAACCAUUACUUUUUUUU